AUGACCAUGUACAGGAGAAUCAAAAUCGUCCCUUGCCAAGCAUUCCCUUCAUCCCUUAAAGGCGCGACAACCUCAUGGUUCUCGUGGCUGCCACCGAACUCCAUAACAAGCUUUGCUCAGCUCUGCCAAGCCUUUGUUACACAUUUCCAGAGUAGCAUGAAGCAUAAGGAGACGACGGUCAAUCUCCUUAGUGUGAACCAAAGGCCUGACGAGUGGAUUCAAGCAUUCGCCUCUCACUUCAACAAAGAAUCCUUAGAUACCAAGGAUUUGGACGAGGCCACAGCCCAUAUGAUAAUGAGCAGCUGGCUCACAAACAUGGACUUCAUCAAGGACAUGACCCAAAAGCCGACCAAGAACAUGGCUGAACUCUUGGAGAGGUGCAAUGAAUUUUCAAACAUGGUGGAUGUGCUCCAAGCACGAAAGGUAAGUGAAGGUAAGACUGAGAAGAAACGGCCGAUGAGUGAUGAUCGAAAAGAUGACAAGCGACCCAAGACUAACUGUCGAGCUGAGAGGAUAGACCAAGCUCGAAGUCCCGACUACACUCCCUUAAAUACCUCAUGCAAGGAGAUUUUAAUGCAAAUACAGGGUGAAGGGUACAUUCGUCGGCCAAGGUCGAUGCAAGCUAGGUCAUCCCAAAAUCCCAACAAGUAUUGCCAAUUCCACAAAGACAUCGGUAAUGACAUCGAAGAUUGCUACCAACUGAAAAGGGAGAUUGAAGAGCUGAUCAAGGCGGGACACCUAAAGUGGUACAUUAAAGGGAGCCGAGAAGAGCACAGAGGCCGACGGCCAAAAGAUCGUGAUCGAAAGAAGGCCGAGCUGAGGUGGAAAUCACGAGUAGACCCAUUCACCGGGUAUUGA